UCCACUAGAGGCCACUAACUCCCCAAAGUCACAGUAUGGAUACACCUCUCUUCCAUCCAUCCAUUCACUAACUUCUGAGAAGACAGUUCUUGUAGAUGUUCUCUCCAGGCCGUGUCCCGCCUACAUCUUGUCGGUGUACGGACAGUUUGAGUCUUUUACCCACGGAGCCCGGUUUCUUUGACCAUGUUUUCCGAAGCAGAAACCAACAGAAAACGUGUGCGGGAACUGGUGGACAAACCCGGAAAUGGAACGUGCGCCGACUGCGGAGCUGCAGAUCCAGAGUGGGCAUCAUACACCCUGGGUGUGUUUGUGUGCCACAGCUGCUCAGGCCUCCACAGAAACAUUGCACAGAUCAGUAAAGUCAAAUCCCUCCUGCUGGAUCCAUGGACCACCUCUCAACUGGAGUUUAUGGACUCUGCGGGUAACCUCGCUGCCAAGGACAAAUAUGAGCACGCAGUGCCCGCCUUCUACUACCAGCCCAGCCAUAAAGAUUGUGCGCUCCUGAGAGAUCAAUGGAUUCGUGCCAAAUACGAGCGGAAGGAGUUCAUGCCUGGCGGGCAACAGGAGUCUUACUCAGCAGGCCACCGGGAGGGGUUUCUAUGGAAACGAGGACGCGACAACGCACAGUACCUCAACCGAAAAUUCAUCCUGUCGGAAGCUGAGGGGGUUUUGAAGUAUUUCACCAAGCAGGAUGCCAGAGAGCCAAAGGCCGUAAUAAACAUCAGCACAGUCAACGCCACCUUCCAGCCGGCUAAGAUCGGCACGGCUCACGGCCUUCAGGUGACCUACCUGAAGGACAACAGCACUCGGAACAUCUUCCUUUACCACCAGGAUGGCAAGGAAAUGGUGGACUGGUUCAACGCCAUCAGAGCCGCCAGGCUUCAUUACCUGCAGGUGGCCUUCCCGGGUGCCCCCACCGCUGACCUGCUGCCCAAGCUAACCAGGAACUACACCAAGGAAGGAUUCAUGGAGAAGACGGGGCCAAAGCACACGGAAGGCUUUAAGAAGAGAUGGUUCACAAUGGACGACAGGAGGCUGAUGUACUUCAAAGACCCGCUGGACGCAUACGCACGGGGCGAAGUCUUCAUCGGCAACAAGGAAAACGGCUACAGCAUCUUACCGGGUCUUCCCGCCGGCGUCCAGAGCCACCACUGGCAGCAGGGGAUCACCAUCGUCACCCCGGACAGGAAGUUUCUUUUUGCGUGUGAGAGUGAGGAGGAUCAGAGCGAGUGGAUGGCCGCCUUCCAGACCGUCGUGGACCGACCCAUGCUACCUCGGGAGUACGCAGAGGAGGCCUACUUUAAGCACAAACCAUGAUGACGCUGGUGGACCGGCCACACGGACAACGUACUUCAACGCCACACCAUCGAGUACGGGUACAGUACAGUAUUUGGGAUGGGGAGCAAACAUAUUUCAACAACUUUAUUCCCGUUCAGAUUAUCUUGGAAUAUGAUGUCUUUAUAUGUCAUCAUAUUUUGACUUUAUUAUUGUUUUGACUUUAUAUAUUUUGACUUUACUAUACACACAGUACCUAUUAUCUUGCAGUAGGUCUCCAUUCUCAUAUUUAUUAUUAUUAUUAUUAUUAUUAUUAUUAUUAUUAUUAUUAUUAUUAUUAUUAUUAUUAUUAUUAUUAUUAUUAUUAUUAUUAUUAUUAUUAUUAUUAUUAUUAUUAUUAUUAUUAUUAUUAUUAUAUUUUAUAUAAUUAUAUUAUUUAUCACAUUCUGAUUUUCAUAAAAAGGACUGCUCCUUUUUCCAUUUUUGCUGUUUUGCUUUGUAUUUGUGUAUUUUAGAAGGCAUAUUAUUAUUAUUUAUUUAUUUGCCUUUUUUCCCCAGAUAUUUCAACUUUUUUCUGCUACCUGUUUUCCCUUUUUUCUCACCAUAGUUUGACUUUAAUCCUAAAAUUAUAACCUUUCCCCAACCUAAUGUUUCUAAAAUUGCAACCUAUUUCUUCAGUUGUUAAAACUUAAAAUAAUUAAAAUUUAAAUAAUUAAAAAUAAUUAAAAAUAAUAUGUUUAUUCUACUAAUAUUUUGUCUGUUGUAAAAAUGUAUUUUUAGUAUUUAAAUUGUAUUUGGGGGCUGAUUAAAAACACGUUUAUGUGCCAUAAGCGGCCCUUCAGCCGCACUUUAGACACCCCUGUAGUAAAUGAUUAGUGUAAAGGUGUGAACACUGUCUAUUAUUAUAUAUACUGUACAGUAUUUGCUUUCCUUUAAAUGUCAUGAUAUAAUAUAUAAUUAAAAUAUACAAUAUAUAAAUAAGUUUCCUUACGUUUGAAAAGAAAUCAUAGCAGUUCCACUUUUGUCCAGCAGGUGUAAAUACUGUGUUUUUAUUGUACAAUCUGAGUUCCACUCGUCACAAUAGAUGUUACCAACAUGAGAGAGUACAGGAAAUACUGCAUGUUAAAUUUAUUUCUACGACGAAAGCAAGUGUAGAAAAAUGUGAAUAACACCGCAUGACGUUACUGACUCGUAUACAUACAUACGUACGUAAGCACUUCAACAGUGACAAUGCAUUGUACCACCGUGGUUAUGCAAUCAUUAAAGUCAUUAUUAUACACAGCAAUGUACACAUUCGUCCAUAUAAUACUUCAUUCCGUAGCGAUCUGGCCUCUUUGAACAUUUUCACAUGCACCAACAUGAAUAUUUACACACAAAUGUAUCAAUAGUACAUACAUAUAUAUUUUUAAAUAGCUUAUAUACAUUCGAAGAAGCUGCAUUUAUUUAUUAAUGUUGAAAAAAUGUUCCAACACAGCAGCUGCCCACCGCAAGGGGGCAGCAGAGUACAAGAAAGACACAAGCUGAGAGCAGAAGUUGAUUCAUAAUGCAUUAGUCCAACAUGGUGGCUUUAUGACUUAUUAUUAUUAUUUUUAUGAUUAUUUACCACUGCCACUGACCGCUCUUUCUUUCUGGUGAGUCGUAGAUAAGUCAAAUAAAAUAUUAUGUGUUUUUACUUACACAUUUUUGAAAAUAUUUUAAUUAAUAUUCUUCCUUGGUAUGUACAAAUAUUUUAUUUUUGUAGUUAUUAUAUAUUAUUUUACUUAUUGGUAUUUAUUUCUUAUAUGUAUUUAAUUGGUUUGUAUUAUUUACUAUGUAUUUCAGUAUGUAAUCAUUAUUUGUAUUAUGACCAUGAUUGCCAUGAUAAUUUUUAUUAUGCUCACGAUUUAAUAUAAUAAAAAAAAAAAUCCAAACACAUACAAUGAAAUAUGAAUGAACUGUCAUUUUUGUUUGGUAGGUCCUGUUAUUAAUUCCAUUAGUAUAUUUCAUUAUUUAUGAUUUUUAAAAAAUAAUUUCUUCGAUUUAUGACUGUAUUAUUGAGUUUUUUUUUUAUUUUAGUAUUGAAGUAUUUUACCAUGAUUAUGCUGUGAAGUAGAUUUAGCGCGUGUAUUUUUAAGCUUGCCUUGAGUUCUAUCGAAGCUGACUUUUUCCAGGAUGAGAAGAACUGAGAAGAGCCGCGCUCUCUAACGUGAGCGUCCAAUGAAA